GUGCGUGGGUGCAUGGGCGUAACAAAGUGGGAGAGACGCCCACUGUCAGGCAGUCAGGAUGGAGGGGCAUUUAUGACCUACCUAGGUACCUCCCACCCUGAUGCGCGACGGGCCAUAUCACCUGGGUAACACCCCGCCAAACAGCCAAACCCGAGGGGUGAACACCAAGCUUACCCCAAGCCAGCUGCAUUUGCAACCUCUUAGCAGCCAAGCAAGCAAACCACACAGUCUUCGCCAGUCCUGAUUGCGCCAUGGACUUCAACAGUUCAUCCCCAUACCCGGAGGGUGUCAUAUCCUUUCUGGAUACAGACCUCUAUAAGCUGACCAUGCAAUGUGCCGUCUUCAAGUACUUCAAGGACGUGCCUGUGACCUAUGGCUUCACCAAUCGAACCCCCGAGAAAAAGCUGUCGCGAGCUGCAUAUCGCUGGCUAGAGGCCCAGAUCACGAAGCUUGGGAACAUCUCCUUACUCCCCGACGAGCUGCACUUCCUCCAGCAACACUGCAAGUACCUCACGCCCGCCUACCUUGAAUUCCUCCAGAACUUCCGCCUGCACCCCCGUGAGCAGGUCACGAUCAGCUUCACCCCAACAGGGCAAGACACUGGAGCAGACACCGAUCUCGGAGACAUCCAGCUGGACAUCAAGGGCUCAUGGGUCGACACCAUCCUCUACGAGAUCCCCAUCCUGGCUCUCACCUCAGAGGCCUACUUCAAGUUCAUGGACAAGGACUGGAAUUAUGAUGGUCAGGAAGAGAAGGCGUAUGAGAAAGGGACAAAGCUCCUCGAGGCGGGAUGUGUUUUCUCUGAGUUCGGCACCCGUAGGCGCCGCGACUAUCACACCCAGGCGCUCGUGUUUAGGGGCCUCGUCAAGGCCAGCAAGGAUGCCGAGAAGCGCGGCCUCCCUGGCAAACUCUCGGGAACGAGCAACGUCCACCUGGCCAUGCGUUUCGGGAUCCCGCCCGUCGGCACCGUUGCGCAUGAGUGGUUCAUGGGCAUCGCCGCCAUCAAGAACGACUACCCCCGCGCGACAGAGGAGGCGCUGCGCCACUGGGUUUCCUGCUUCGGCGAAGGCGUCCUCGGCAUCGCGCUGACCGAUACGUUCGGCACCCCAGAGUUCCUCAAGGCCUUCAACAAGGGCAUCGAGCGCCUCCCCGACGCGCCCGCCUCGACUGAGCACAAGCCCUCCGUCGCGGACGAAUUCAUCUCAGCAGCCAAGGAUGUCAUCGCGAAGACGGGCCUCACUGACGGCGCUCCAACGCCCAAGACAUAUGCGGACGUCUUUACCGGCGUCAGGCAGGACUCGGGUGACCCGGUCGAGUUUGUCAGCACCAUGCGGAAGUUCUACGACGGCGUCGGUAUCAAGGACAAGAAGGUGAUUGUCUUCUCGGACUCCCUGAACAUCGAGCGGUGCCUGGAGUACAAGAAGGUCGCAGAGGAGGCGGGGUUCCAGCCGACCUUCGGAGUGGGAACGUUCCUGACGAACGAUUUCGUCCGGACGACUGACGGCACCAAGUCCACGCCAAUGAACAUUGUCAUCAAGCUGAGCUCUGCGAACAACAACGCUGCCAUCAAGAUCAGUGACAACAUGGGCAAGAACAUGGGUGACAAGGCACUCGUGGACAAGGUCAAGAAGGAGUUGGGCUACGUAGAGAAGGAGUGGGAGGACGGUGAUGAGAGCCGACGAUGGGGUGUGGACGGCGCCACCAAGGCCUAGAAAGCGAGAUGGCAAAGCGGAGACCACCGCGCUGUCCCACUGAUUGUUUUCAGGUUACUAUCUGGAAAGUCCAGGUAGAAGAUUCAUCUGCAGAGGCUAGGAUUUCAGUUGGGAGAAGGAUCCCAGUACAGAUCUUGGGGAUCGCCGGCGAGGACUGCUUUCAUUGUCACGGAUUCGGAGCGAGUGGGCGGGCUUGUCACUUCCAAGGAUACCACGGGAUAGAAUCGAGUUAGACGGCAGAUUCCGCCAGGAAUCUCCAGGGAGCCAUCGUCCUCCCAAGCACGUGGAGAAUUCAGUAUUGUGCUCAUGAUCUGGUGGGAUAUUCACACGCAUCUCACGGCAUGUAUGGUGCUAUCAUCGAUCUAUGUCUCUUCUAAUACGAAGGCAUGUAAACUCAUUUCCAUCAUGUAUCGCACCAACAUCAUUGCUCCCUGUCGGUCUGCCAAGUCGACACUGUCCCGUCUGUAGCCGCCAAGGUCAUUCACGUAUUUUG